AUGCUUUCCCAUCUCUAGACACGACAGCUCACCAAAAAAAUUAGCUGCUGUGAUUUUGUUUUACAAUUUUCGUUUAAAUUUUUACGUUUUUGUUUGGCGGAUAGUGCGAGUGCGAUUUGAGUGCGCAGUUUUCAUGCAAAAGUGCAACACGGCAACGAGAAAAACACAGAAAACGGCACGCCAAGCGAAAACGAGUUCGACGUCUUGUUGUAGUUGGAUUUUCCAGCCACUUUUCGACGAGAUUGUGUGAAAAAUUCCGUAGCAUUCGAUAGCUCCAAAAUGGUGGAUAAGUUCAUAAGCAUGUGGAAAGUGCGCGAAUUGGCGGACAAGGUCACCAAUGUCGUAAUGAACUACACGGAAACAGAGGGAAAGGUGCGGGAGGCCACUAACGACGAUCCUUGGGGGCCCACAGGACCACUCAUGCAGGAGCUGGCCUACGCCACCUUUUCCUACGAGACGUUUCCGGAAGUGAUGUCCAUGCUGUGGAAGCGAAUGCUGCAGGACAAUAAAACCAACUGGCGUCGCACCUAUAAGAGUCUCCUCCUGCUCAACUAUUUGGUGCGGAAUGGCUCCGAGCGGGUUGUAACCUCCUCCCGGGAGCACAUCUACGAUUUGCGCUCGCUGGAGAACUACACGUUCACCGACGAGGGCGGAAAGGAUCAGGGUAUUAACGUUAGGCAUAAGGUACGAGAGCUUAUAGACUUCAUUCAGGAUGAUGAUCGACUGCGCGAGGAGCGCAAGAAGGCGAAGAAGAACAAGGAUAAGUACAUCGGCAUGAGUAGCGAUGCGAUGGGCAUGCGAAGCGGUGGCUACAGCGGAUACAGUGGAGGAGGAGGCGGCGGCGGUGGCUACAAUGACGGCGACUAUCGCUCAAGUCGUGGAGACAAUUGGUAUUCCGACAAAAACGCCGACAAGGAUCGGUAUGAAGAUGAUGAUACUCACUACGAUGGAGAGCGCGAGGGAUCUGAUAGCGACUCACCCAGCCCAAGACGUAACUAUCGCUACAAUGACCGCGCCAGUCCCGCCGAAGUGGCCAGUGAGGCGAAGCCCACCAGCCUCAACAUGAACAUUCGCUCGAAGGCAGUCAGCUCGCCGGUUUCCAAGCAGCCAACUUCAACAGUGGGCGCCAAGCCGGCGUUGUCCCAAAAGAAGAUCGAUCUGGGUGCGGCGGCCAACUUUGGCAAGCCGGCGCCUGGCGGUGCUGCGGGCAUCCAUUCGCCCACGCACCGUGAUACUCCCACCAGCGUGGAUCUAAUGGGCGGCGGCUCCCCAUCACCUUCCACCUCCAAGGCCAACAAUAACACGCAAAGCAAUAACAACGAUCUGCUGGACGAUCUGUUCAAGACUUGCUCGCCACCGCCAGCGCAGGAGAAGACCCUAAACAGUGCCGCAGUGAACGUAGACGACGACGAUGAUUUUAAUCCCCGCGCUAGCGAUGCUAGCCAGCAGGAGUUUGGAGACUUUGCCACCGCUUUCGGUAGCAACCCGGUUAGUGAGCCACCUUCGACGGGGCUGAUACCGGCGAGCAACGACGAGUUCGCCGACUUUGCCGCAUUCCAAGGAUCGACGAACUCAACCUCUGCCCUGGAUGGGAAUCUUCUGAAGACCGCCACUCCAGCAAACGACUCGUUUGACCUGUUCAACGCUGCUCCUGCGACUUCGCCCGAGGCUACGACGGCCACAGAUCUCCUGGCGGGCCUGGGCGAUCUGUCCAUACACCAAAGCAUGCCCAUGGCUGUCGAAGAGCAGUUGGCGUCCGGGAACGAUUCAAUAUCGCCUUCACCUCCGCCGCCACCUCCACCGGAGUCAGUGCGGCUGGCUUUGGCCAAGGCGCAGAAGCAGCUGCGUGACUUGGGACAGGUUCAGAGCGCAACUACUGCUGCCCAAGUGGCAGACGUUUUAAAGGAGCUGCAUCACUCAAACGCUCUGCCCGGGUUUGCCACUCCGCAACAAUUCGUGGGCCUCGAUCGUGAGACGUGUGACUGGAAUUCGAUUGCAAACGGAGAUUAUGCAGCGGUGCUAAACCAAUUGGUCGCCCUAUUCAGCCGGGAUUGGCCAGAACCCUCGCGGGAUGUGGCUGUUCUGAACCUCUUUAAGCUUGAUCACAGUUUUGAUUAUAUACGCGUGGCUUUCGAGACGCUCCAAGAAAAAUUGGAUCAUCUUCCCGAAACUAUUACCUCUUUUCUGAAAGAACUACUGACUGAUGACGGCCUGGUUUCCAUCGCCUUGCUACACAUCUCUCGCCAGAGAGGAACUUUGAUGCAGCGAUUUGCGCGGACUAUUAAACUGAUGCCGGAAAGGCGGGUGGAGGAAUUGGACGCCCAGAUAAAGGCGUUCUUUCAAAUGCUCAUCAGUUUGCCAGCCCAAGUAGCAAAUCGACUGGGUCGUAAGCUGCCAGGGAUGUUUGCCCCAGUCCAGUAUCAACAACUCCUGAUGCGGCAGUGGCUGAAAUCUCUGCACUUUGUUCUGCAGUGCGAAGACAUCGAGGGAUACUUCGAUCUGGAAGUCUACUCCUGGCUUUUGUCACAGCUUAUAAACCUAAUUUACGAUGGCCCAACAUUGGAGAGUUUCCUACGAGUGCUCAAAGACUACGCAGUUGCUCCCAGAGGACGAAAAGUGGUGCAUAGCAUCAUAAAGGAACUUGACCCUGCUGCCUGCUUAAAAACAGCACAGUCGGCUCUUUCGGCGGAAUUGAAUCUCUAUGUCCUUUUGGGUGCAGAUUGUUUGGAAACCCCUCACUGGAAACACAGCUUACUCCAGAAGUUGCCUCUGCAACGAACACCAGUGGAGAACAAGCAGCUCAAGACAUUGGCUAGCUAUCUUAACGUGGUGGCUCCUGCUCAGCUGCAGGUUCUGUUUAACCAGUUGCUGGGAAUCUGGUCCAAGCGCAUCACUUUGCACAAGCUGAACAGCCAGGAGCACUUGGCCAUAUCUAAAUUGCUGGUGCUGACGGGCAAAUGCCUUUGCAAGAGACUCGAAAUGGACUUGGACACCAAACGUCAGCUGCACGAUGGACUCAGCAACCAUCUGCAAUCCCCAGAUGCGUUGCAGCGAUACGUGGGCAUGAAGACAGUGGAACUUAUCUUCAAUUUCAUGGCCUUGCCCGAUACGAAAGAGGAAGAUCGUCUACGCUUUGAUUACGAGACAAUGAAAGAGACGUUGCACUGGAACAUUUUUAAGGAGUUUGAUGAAUUAUCUGAAUUUGAGUGCCCCAACAAGGUCAAGCUAGAUGAGAAACCCAGUGGGGAUCACUUAUUGCAGUUAGAAUCACACCUCGGGGAGUUUAUGAGCACAACGCGGGAGAAGGAGGAAAACAGUCACCCCAAAAUCGAAACCAAGGCGAAACCAGUUGCCAAAACAGAAAAUAUGAACAUGCAGCUGGACUCAGAUGAUGAUGAGCCACUUGAUGAGGACGACGAUGAUUUGAAGCCCUAUGAUCUGUCAAACGACAUAACCAGCACCAUUGAGCAGCGGCCCAAAUUCGUUAUGGACUUGCUUCAACUCCUUCGAACUAAAGUAGAAAACUACCAGGUAUUUGAGGGUGCUUUGUCCACAGCGGAGCAGCUUAUCCGGAAUCAGCUGGCCAGGCACGACACCCAGUUGGCCCUUGAUCUGCUGCAACUAUUCCUAGUACUGGAAAUGCAAUUUUACUAUGAGCAGUUUGAGCGCACGCAAUUCAAGUGCUGUGUGGCCAUUUGUGUGGCACAUCCUGGUCCCUGUGCCGAGUAUUUGUGCCGCCAGUUCCACACGGAUAACUCCAGCUAUGCGGCCAGUGUGCGCAUUCUGAUCCUCCAGGUUCUGGCAGCGGCGGCGAAAGAACUCUCUGGCGAUGAUAAGCAGGAAAUCGAGGGUGAAAUCCUGGAUCUUGUACCACCCGCAGCUAAGCUGCCGCGAAAGUUCGAGCUCCAGAAGGAAGAGGAGAAUCCUGCAGCGCGUUUGGCCGCUGCCCAGCGAAUAAUUCGCGAACGCCUGCGUGCCAAGACCAGACGGUAUUUCUCCAAGCCAAAGACUGCGGAACGAGUAGAGAAGCCCAAUCCUUUUCACCCGGUAGCAGGCACUUUUUUCUUUACUUUGGUGAGGGGCCAACGAACUCGCCAGAUGCUUUACGUCAAAUACGAAAACAUUUCCCACGACAUCGACACCCAGUUGCUAGUGAAUCUGCUGCACACCCUCUCUGUGGUGAUCAUGUGCUCCCAGAAUUGUCCACUUUUGCCGGCGAUGACCCGCGAAAUCUUCGACCUCUGCGCCUUUGUGCGCUUCAAUGCCGAGGCUCGCGUGCGAGCGGCCACUCUGCAGCUGAUAGGGAUCGCUCUGGUCACCACUCCUGGCCAUGUGUUGGCCCAGCACUUUGCCGAGUCGUUAAAUGAGCUGCGACGCUGGCUGGAGGACUUUAUACGAUCGCCUCUUGUCGGCGGGGAAACGUCGGAGGAGUGCCGGGAUCUGGCCCAGAGCAUCUUGGACACCUGCUACAAGCUGUUCGAUUCAGCCGCUACGGAGCAGGCAGCCUAGCUUAGCUAUUGAAAACCAUCUUAAAGGAAACUAAACUUAUAAAAACCAUUAAACACUGUAUUUUAAAUACAUAAGCACGUUCCUCUUCCAAAGAGUAAAUGGAAAAGUAAACAAAUUGUUAAGCCAAGUAUUUUGUAACCCAGGUUAAAAAUCCUUAAUUCUUUAUUCAAACAAGAAAUAACUUAGCUAUUAAAAUACUUUCGAAUUCCUUAUUUUGUCGGAAAAUAAGCCAAAAAACAAUUAACACGGUGUCCUUCAUAUUAAAAAUAAAACUCCAGAAGAGUAUUUUUUGCUAGAAUAAUAUAAUGCCUAUGUAUUUCUCGCCCGCAAAGCCAUUGUAUUGCAGGUAUACAUAUAUAUACGGAUUUAAUGUAUUCAAACAAUUUUCUUUUGUUUAUUUAUUUCUCCUACUGCAUAUUUGUAUUGCAAACUACACACACAUCGGAUCAAAUUUUAUUUCUCAAAUAUAUGUACUUUAUUAUGGUGAA